AUGGCACUUCAAUCGACAAUAAAUCUUCAAAAUGUGAACAAUAACAAUAAUAAUGGUGAUGAUGAGGAUAAUCAUCAUCACCAUCAUCAUCAUCAUCAUCAUCAUGAGUAUGAUGAAGAAAUCGAUGAAACAGAAGAUGAUCUUAUUGAAAAUUAUCGUUUUCUAACACAACGUUGUGGUGUUCUACGACAAUCUCCAACAACGAAUAUAAUAAAUACAAUACAACAGCAACAACAAAAACAAAUGAAUCAAUCUUCAUUUUUUCGUCAUCAUUCAGUAAUAAACGAAAAUCAUAAUAAUAGUAAUAAUGAAGAUAAACGUUCAUCUUCUUCGACUAAACAAUGGUACUCACCAUUAAAUGAUUUAAAUAAUAAUAAUCAGAAUUAUUCGACAACAAUUAGUCGUAUACCUCCAACGAUUUAUUAUGAUGAUACAGAAGAUUCUGAAUUUAAUGGUAAUCAUUCAUUUUCAUUAAUUAAACUGUUUGCACGUAUGAAAGCACGUUUAAAACAUGAUAAACGUUAUCGUCCUAAACCUACACAUGAAUUACUUCCUGAAGAAGAUCCUCAAGAAUGGCAUGAAUUAACACAAAAUGUUCGAACUAUUGUAACAAAAGCUCUUUUACCUGAUGGAGGAUAUGAUGUAUUAACAAAUCGUACGAAAAAAAUUCAUAGUAGACGAGGUUCAUGUAGAAAAUCUCGUGAAUUUCAUCCUGUUCUACCAAAAGAUAAUAAUAAUGAUGAUGAUGAUGAUAAAAUUAAUAUUGAAAUAGAUGAUGAAUUCAAUACAGAAGAUAAUAAAGAAUAUGAUCAAAUUAUAUGGAAUAAAUUUUUGACUUGUUCAAGAGGAUUUAAUUAUAGACGAUGUGGAGUUUGUAAAACUGUUGAUCGACAGCAAUUUCAAGGACAAUUGGUGUAUUUUUAUGGUGUUGCAAAUAAUAUUUUAAUUGAUGAAAAUUUAAAAGCAUCUGGACUGGGUUAG